AUGGUCAAAGCAGUUGCCGUCCUCCGUGGAGACUCCAAGGUCUCCGGUACCGUUACCUUCGAGCAGGCCUCUGAGGGUGCCGAGACCACCAUCUCAUGGGACAUCACCGGCCACGAUGCCAACGCUGAGCGUGGUAUGCACGUUCACGCCUUUGGUGACAACACCAACGGCUGCACCUCCGCCGGCCCUCACUUCAACCCCCACGGCAAGACCCACGGUGCCCCCGAGGAUGAGGAGCGCCACGUCGGUGACUUGGGCAACUUCAAGACCGACGGCCAGGGCAAUGCCAAGGGCUCUGUCAGCGACAAGCUCAUCAAGCUGAUCGGUCCCGAGAGCGUCCUCGGCCGCACCAUUGUUGUUCACGCUGGCACCGACGACCUCGGUAAGGGUGGCCACGAGGAGAGCAAGAAGACUGGUAACGCUGGUCCCCGCCCUGCUUGCGGUGUCAUUGGUAUUGCUUCGUAA